AUGGCUGUCACUUACAGGAACAACCGGCUGGUCCCGGCGGUCAUCAUCGCGAUAUGCAUCAUCUUGGUAUUCAGCUUGAUUGACCCGACCGUCGAGAACUUUGGACUCCCGGCUCCCAAGACGACGGACCGCGAUGCGACGCGCGCGGGCGCACCUCCAAGCGCGGAGCCAGCUCGUACACAGUCGGCCGGAAAGCCAGCCGUUGAGCCGACACGGCAGGUUUCCCACAGCGAGCCGUCUCCCAAAGCUCCUACAACGCCGCAAAGGCUCGGAGAGGAUGAUGUUCUGCUCAUCAUGAAGACGGGCGGGACGUCCAUGUGGAAGCGCCUCCUCGUCCACCUCACCACGACGCUCUCCGGCAGCCGCAUCUCCCCGUCCAACAUUGUCAUCUACUCGGACAAUGCCGAGACCAUCGGCUCAUUCACUGUCGUCGAUGCCCUCGCCAACAUGACCGACGAGACAAAGCGGUCAGCCGACUUCGACGUCUACCGGCAGCAGUUCGAGUACGUCGCCCACAACUACUACAGCGAGGCCGCUGGCGUCGACGGCGACGAGUGGGGUCCCGUCGGCGGCUGGAUCAUCGACAAGUACAAGUUCAUCCCGCUUAUGGAGCACGCGGGGCGGAACUGGCCGCACGUCAAGUGGUAUAUCUACAUGGAGGACGACGCCUACCUGUUUCUUCCUAACAUCCGCAAGUUCCUGGCGGGCUUCGACUGGCGGAAGAACCACUACCUCGGCAGCUAUGCUGCCAAGUCGGAUGCCGUCUUUGCGCAUGGUGGCGCGGGCUUUGUGCUGUCCAGGGGCGCGUGGGAGGCUUCAUUUGGCAAGAACCCAGGGAUGGUGGAAAAGUACCACAAGUACGUCGCGGAGCACUGCUGUGGCGACCAGGUGCUUGGCCUGGCGUUGAAGGACCACGGAAUCCGCUUCGGAGAGAACGGCGGCGACGAAAAGUUCACGUGGGGGUUUAAUCCCCUCGUCCACUGGACCUUUGCCUUUAGCAGGAGUAACUGGUGUCAUCCUCUGCUGUCCUGGCACAAGGUCCACAACCGCGACGUUGCCCGGUACUAUGAGCUGGAGAAGAGCUGGAACUUUGAUACCCCGAUGCUGUACCGCGACUUCUUCAAGAGCAUGAUCCUGCCCCGCAUACAGAAAAACGCCCAGUGGUGGGACAACAUGGCCAGCCUCUAUGAGAUAUCCUCUACCAACAGGGAAUGGGCCGCUGUCCCCAAAGACGGCAGCAAGUACGACGCCGCGCUGUGGAAAAAAGCGUGGAGAUCCGUUGAGGCCUGUGAGGCUGCCUGCAGAGGGUGGACGAACUGCGUAAUGUGGUCCUUUGUCGAGGACCUCUGCAAGAUGGACGACAAGAUCACCAUGGGACAGGGCUAUGCCCCAUCCAUGUCCCAGCGAAAGACGUCGCUCAUGCAUACCAGCGGGUGGAUGUCGGACAGGCUAGAAGGUUGGAAAUGCUAA